AUGUGUUCUAGAAAAGACCUUCUGGAUGAGAGAGUUACCACCUUAUUUAGGAACCUUAAUGAUGAACAAGCCGUGGUAUUAGAGUUCAUAUUGGGCAUACUGGAAUCAGUUAUGAUGAAUAAUGAAAGCCAAACAAAAGAGGCUGAUUAUAAAAUUUAUCCAAACAAUACCAAAGAUUUUAAGUAUGAUAAAGAUGCCAAUAUAGAUACCCAUAGUGGUGAUAUAGAUAUCAAAGAAGGAUUGUUUAAAAUCAUUACUGAUAAUGCAAAUAGUAGAUCUUAUGAACCUGAAUUCGAGGACCCAGUCCUAGAUAUAAUUAAAAGUUAUUUUGAAAAAGAAACCUUGAAUAAAAAAUUAGAAUGUUUGGAUAAUAAGAAGGGCGAAAUUGAUGCAAAUAAUAAAAAUAUAGCAUCUAUUCCUGAUAAAACGAACAGCCCCAGACCUUACGAUCAAAAUGAAGACAAUCUCAGCAAAGAUAAUUGUAAAGUAUCCAUUCAUUAUCAAAAGGCCACCGAAAAUAACGAAAAGAGUGAUAAUUAUGAUCAGGGCGAUGGAAUCACUAAGGAUAUAGAAAUUGUGGAAAAAGCAGAAAAAUUUAUCAAUAAAGUGAAAAAUAUCCUAAAUGAAACUAAACCUAAAGAACUAAUACUUACCAGAAACAACAAAUCUCUGCAAGUUAGAUGUGAUUCCUAG